GACAGUAUAAAAAAGCUUCAGCGACAGCAGCAGAACACAUUGUUUCCUAUCUUUCUACGAGACGAACAUCAAUUAAGUAUAAAAACAAUUGAGGCAAGAAAGUAAAAUACAAUCUAGCUGUUGACCACUGACGAAACAACUUCUUUUUCAAUAUUUGCCUUGCAAACCAGCUAAACACACCCUAAUUGCAACAUGUUGUUUCUACGAGCUGCGCUUUUCAUAUUUGUCAUUAUUGUCGUUGCCGUAUAUGCAGAAGCAGGUUAUAGAAAACCUCCAUUUAAUGGAAGUAUUUUUGGCAAAAGAUCUGUUGCCAUGACUGGUGACUAUGACGUAGCCAAUAGAGCUUUAAUGGCAAUGUGUGAAGUAGCUAGUGAAACAUGCACCACUUGGUACAAUCGUCAAGACAUUAACUGAAAAGCUCCAACAAUAUUCCAAAGAAAUCAUAAUGAUCUACAUAUAAUAUACUCACAGAAAUCCAAUAAUUUAUAAAUUUAAAAAUGUACAAAAAUGCUUGAAAAAUAUAUUGCUUGUGUAAUAA